UCUCCGCUCCGUUCUCACCUUUCCUAUUAGGUCACCCGCAGGAGCAGGCUUAUAUGGCUGCUUUCGUGGAAAUACCAAGGCUGCUUGCGGCUGGCUGGGGCCCAGCGGGCCGCUUGGUUGGGAGGUUUUUGCUGCUUGGUACAAAUGUCUUGAGAUCUGAGUGUGGGAAAGGAAGUGCCUAUGGUUCACGACCUUGGUCUCUUGGAGGCGGGCCUGGGCAAGAGCGAUCUUUACAGGACUUCCAGUGCUGCUGGUCAGUCGCCCGGGGGAGUUUGUUUUGGGCUGGACAUCUGGUGCCUGCAACUACGUCCUCCUGGAGGUGGGAAGAAAAGAGCAAGAGCAGUGUGAAGUGGAGGCAGCUGGAACACAAGGGCCCAUACUUCAGCCCGGCCUAUGAACCCCUUCCUGAUGGAGUUCACUUCUUCUAUGAUGGAAAGCCGGUGAGGCUGAGCUUGGCAGCGGAGGAGGUCGCUACUCUCUAUGGGAAAAUCCAGCAUCUUGAGUGUACGACCAAGGAAGUCUUCCAGAGGAACUUCUUCAGUGACUGGCGGAAGGAAAUGACAGCCGAGGAGAGGAAGCUUAUCACACACCUUGACAAAUGUGACUUCACGGAGAUCCAUAGGCACUUCAUGGAGAAAGCUGAGGCCCGCAAGACUCUGCCCAGGGAGCAGAAGCAGAAGCUAAAAGAAGAGGCAGAGAAGCUUCAACAGGAGUUCGGCUACUGUAUUUUAGAUGGCCACAGAGAAAAAAUUGGCAAUUUCAAGACGGAGCCACCUGGCUUGUUCCGUGGCCGAGGUGACCAUCCCAAGAUGGGAAUGUUGAAGAGGAGGGUCGUGCCAGAGGAUGUGGUCAUCAACUGCAGCAGAGAUUCCAAGGUCCCCGAGCCCCCAGCUGGUCACCAGUGGAAAGAGGUGCGCUCCGAUGACACGGUCACGUGGCUGGCGUCAUGGACGGAGAACAUCCAGAACUCCUUCAAGUACAUUGUACUGAACCCCAGCUCCAAGCUGAAGGGGGAGAUGGAUUGGCGGAAGUAUGAGGUAGCUCGACGCUUGAAGGGGGUUGUUGACAAGAUCCGUGCUCAGUAUCAGGCUGACUGGGAGUCACCAGAAGUGAAGAAAAGGCAGCUGGCUGUGGCCCUUUAUUUUAUUGAUAAGCUGGCGCUGCGGACAGGAAAUGAGAAGGAAGAGGGCGAGACGGCCGACACCGUGGGCUGCUGCUCACUUCGUGUGGAGCAUGUCCGACUGCACGCACAGGCUGAUGGCCAAGAGCAUGUUGUGGAGCUGGACUUCCUGGGGAAGGAUUCCAUCCGCUACCAUAACCACGUGACGGUGGAGAAGUUGGUGUUCCAGAACCUUCAACACUUCAUGCAGAACAAGGAUCCUAGGGAUAACCUUUUUGAUGCACUGACUACUUCCAGCCUGAACAAGCACUUGCAGGACUUGAUGGAGGGGCUGACAGCCAAGGUGUUCCGGACCUACAAUGCCUCUAUCACUCUGCAGGAGCAGCUGCGGGUGCUGACCUGUGCUGAAGACAGCCUAACCUGCAAAGUUUUAGCUUACAACCGGGCGAACCGGGCUGUGGCUGUCCUCUGUAACCAUCAGAGAGCAAUUCCCAAGACCUUCGAGAAAUCGAUGCAGAUGCUCCAAAAAAAGAUUGAGACAAAGAAGGCACAGGUGGCCGAGGCACAGGUAGAGCUGGAGAAGGUGGAAGCUGACCUGAGGAUGAGAGGGGACAGCAAGUCCAAAAGUUACCUUCAAAAGCAGCGGCGGUUGCUGAAGCUGGAACAGCAGCUGGCCCAGUUGCGCACGAAGGCCGCAGACAAGGAGGAGAACAAGCAGGUGGCCCUGGGCACUGCCAAGCUCAACUACCUGGACCCCAGGAUCAGCAUCACCUGGUGUAGGAGAUUCGGAGUGCCUGUGGAGAAGAUCUACAACAAGACCCAGAGAGAGAGGUUCGCCUGGGCCUUCGACCAGGCAGGUCUUGGCCUGCUCCCUGAGUUUCUGUGUCCUCUGGGGCCAUUGUCCUUUUGGCGCUCCAUUGCCUGGGUGUCCCUGCAGCUGUCUGCUCCUUUGCUCCGAUGCUGUCGCUGGAGUUCUGUACCGUGAACUAAAGUGAAGUUCCAGCUUCCCAGCAUCGAGUGCAAUCUACAUAGGAAACACAAGAGUUUAAAGAAGUCUGAAGUUCAAGACAAUUCAAGACGGAGUUCUUUGUGAGCAGUUUGAGAAGAGUUACAGAGAUGGCCUGUUCUUUCAGUACCUACUCUCCAUGUCUUGGUUGUUUGUGGUUUUAUGGUGGUGGCAGCAAACCCAGGGCCUGGCACAUGCUGAGCAUGUGCCGCACUGAGCUGCACCGCCCCCUUCUGUCUGGUACCAGAAUUUCCCGGCUUUGUCUUCAGUUUGGGCUAUCCUUCCAAGCUCAAGACCUCUCAGUUGUUUAGGUGUCCUUUAAUGGGUGUGGGACUCUGGAGGCUGAGGCAGAGAACCGCCUGAGUCUACAAGCAGAGAGGCCAGUGCCAACAUAGUGAGACCUUGUCUUCAAAAAGAAAAAAAAAUAGAGAGAGAGAGAGCUAGAAUGGGCAAAGUAACGUGAAUAAAUGCUUUAUUUAAUGGCAAGGUUCCUUUCAGUCCCUCUGCACUCCCAUUUUUUUUGAGAAGGGUCUCUCUGCCACUCAGGCUGGUUUCAAACUCCGAGGCUUAAGUGAUCCUCUUGCCUCAUCUUCCUGGGUAGCUGGAGUGCAUGCUUGAACCAUCCAAACUGGCUCCCUUUAGUUUAAGAAUUCUACUUUUGUUUGCUUCAAGUUCAUGAACAUUUCUCUUGCUUUGAUGGACUUGUAAGUUGUCUGUGAAAAUGAUCGUUAGACACCUAGUCACUGGCCUUGUUUUGCUCAAGUGAGUGAAGGGACUCAUUGGCCAGAGCAGCCCUGGGGAUUAGACACGGGUCUCCUCAGGUCUCCUUUUGUUGGAAAACUGGCAGUUUUUGUCUGGUGCUCUCUGGUCCUAAUGAGGAAAUAAAGAGAUCCCUGUCAGAUAGGGAGAGGGGCCGCAGAUAAAUGAUAAAGAUGGCAAACUUUUUCCUCACGCUCCUCACCCAAGCAAAAGGUUUCUUUCCUGCCAGCAGGACUCCUGGCUGACCAGUCCAGGCUGGUCCGACAUUUUAAAGACUGGUUCAGAACACAUUUACUUGAAGCUGUGGGCCUAUCAAUUCCCCUUUCUUUAAAUUGACCAGUCCGAAAUGAGGGGGAAGGGGACCCAUUGUAGGCCUCCAAAAACAUCUAAAACUCCUGCCCUCCAGGGGGAAGUGAUUUUGGUUUCCAGAUCCCCCAAGACACAUACACCUUGUGGGGUGUCUUUCUGUGUGUCUAGUGUGUUGCUGCUUCUGCGUAUCUUGAGAUUUUUCCUGCCUUUUAACUCUUUAGCUUGCAGAGGAAACAGACUAAGACCCUAAUAACAAAGUCACAGGCCCUUACUAUGUUCCUGUCCAGUUUCUGCUCUCCUCCGACAGAGUCUGGGGCAGGGACAGACACACUAAGGAUUUCAGAGGCAGACCCUUUUUUCCUCACUGUUAGCCCUUCUCCAUAUCACCUGAGACCACACAACUGUGAUGUGGGAGUAGUCCUGGGUGUGCUGGGUGCUGCCUUACAACCUGCUCCCGUUGGGUCAAAGCAGUUGAGUCAGCAGUGUGCACUCACUGAUGGUGGAGGGGAUGAACGCUCAGGCAAAAGGCCCAGCCAUACCGAGAGCAGCAGAACGGCGUCUUGCCUGUGUGCACUGCUGAUGCCGAAAGAAACUGGACUGCUGUCACCACCCAAGCAUAGCCCUGAGUAAGACUGUGAUCCAAAGUCAGGGCUGUAGAAAGGCACCCUGCCUGUCAUCUUGUUCUACCCUGUGGACCCUGUGUGCCUCUAAAAUAGGUAUUCUGUGGUGACACCGAUGCGAUCUCAAAUCAAAGGAACGCUUUAGAAGGUAUCUCCUCUUCAAGACUUUACAACUUUCGAUGUUGCUUCCAUGACUGCUGUGUCAGCAGCUUGUGUUUGUUGGUUAAAUCUCACAGAAAUGGCUCCUUUGCCUUCACAUUCUAGUUGCCUCCUGGAAAAUUGGCCAACAGCCCUCGGCACUGGGGCCUUCCAAGGUGUUUCUUUCCUUUGAUUAGCAGCAUGUGCACCAUGUCCUGCUCCUUUAAAGUCUACCGAAAGCCAUAUGUCAUACCCUGUGGUAGAGGCCAGGGUCCCACCUAAGCUCAGAGGAGAAAGCUCUGGGAAGUGCUUCCUCAGGCCACCUUGACUAGAAUCGCAAUGUUGGAAUUAUGUGUUCAUGUUUUUAUUUGCAGAAUCAGUUUUUCAUCUAUUUACACAUUAGCCUUCAACAAGGCUCUUACCGUAGGAUCUAAGAAUUCCGCACUUGUAGAAAGCUACAAUAAAUUAAGCCACUUGGCCUAAUGCAGACUGCAGCUGCUUGGAGGAGGACUGCUUACUGCUGGUUCGUCCUGCUGAUGCAGUUCCUGUUUGCUGAUUUGCUGGUUACCUGCACUUCUGGAUUUCUGGACAGUGAUAUUGGUAUUGCCCCCAAAAGAACCCAACGACCCUAACCAGCAGGAAGCAGCUAAGAAAGAAAAAAACAUGUCCCCUCUCUGACUAACCCUUUCUCUCUCCUACCUGUUGUUGGGGUGUUGGAAGGGACUGGGGUGGAGUAGGGAGAAAAAGAUAAAAGAAACAUACAUAAAAGAGUUUUUUAAAAGUACGCCAACACUGGACGGUGCAGAAGGCUGGGCCAGAUUGGCUGCACUUGGAAGGCCUCUCUCCGCUGUUGCUGGUGUGGCUGCCUCAGUGUGAUACGUGCUGAGGAAGAAGCUGCAGCUGAAGGCACAGCCAAGGUCCUCACAGGUGUAGGGCUGCUCCCUGGGUGCACCUGCUGGUGCUGGAUGAGACAGGAGUGCUGCCCGAAGGCCCAGCCACAGUCCUGACACUGGUUCAGGUUCUGGCUGUGGUGGCUGCACUGGUGGUGGACCAUGGUAGAGCUGUGAAUGACCAGCCUGCAGCUAGCCACGUGGGGCUUCUGGUGUUUAUCGGCAUCUGGCUGGUGGCUGAAGGCCUUACCGCACCCAUGUGGCUUCUAGCCUGUGUGCAUGUGCUGGUGUGGCUGCCCUUUCCAGAGGCUUUGCUGUUGGCCCAGAGACUGUCCAGAGGCUCUGCCAAUUGGCCCAGGGACUGUCCAGAGGCUUUGCUGAUUGGCCCAGGGACUGUCCAGAGGCUUUGCUGAUUGGCCCAGGGACCGUUGACUUUAGAACCACAUCCAACGUGGACCCAUCCUUGUUGGCUACUCUGUCCUGCAGCCACCUCACAGAUGAUCAAUCUCUAGGAGUCUUGUUAGGCCCUCUCUUGGGCUUCCUCAAGUUCACAGAUGUCAAGAGGCUCAGAUUUCAAACUGGCCCCUGUGGUGGUCUUAGUCAGCUGCUCCCUGGGACUGCCCUGCUUCAGAAGUCUGCUGUGUUCAUGCGGAGCUCCAAGCCAUUGCCCAGGAGCUCAGGCUGUACAGGGAGCAGUCUGGCUGCUUAGAGAUUGCACUAAAAAGGCAGUGUUUGCAGCUGUAAGAGAAUGGAUACAGUCCACCUUUGACACAAGAAGUCAUCCCAGGAUGCCAGGCUGUGUGCAAAUAUGUAUGUGACUGUGACCACCUGGCAGUGAAAAUAACCAGGAACCUGCUUUCUGUCCCGAUCCUGCUCAGCCUUCCUCCAAGCUCCCUCACGCUUGAGUCACCUAAGGGGACCAUGAGCAGAGCUGGCAUUCAGGUGCACACGUGUGGUUCCAACACUCAAGAGGCUGAGAUGAGAGGACCUCAAGUUCAAAGUCAGCCUGGCUGACAAAUGGGACUGUCACAAGACACCAAAGGGUGGAACUGGAGAGAUAGCUCAGUACUCAGGAGCACUUGUUCUUGCAGAGGAUCUGAGCUCAGUUCCCAGCACUCACAACCAUCUAUAAAUCUAGUUUCUUGGGAUCUGAUGCCUUCUUAUGUACCAGGCACAAUAUGGUACUCAUAGAAACAUGUAGGCAAAGCACUCAUAUACAUAAAACAAAAAUAACAAAAUUUUUUAAACCUCCAAAGGGAAAGAAGGAGCCUGUUAUCAAAAGGCAUGUGGGAGCUGGGCAUGGUAGCUUACGCCUUUCAUCCUCAGGAGGCAGAGGCAGGCUGAUCUCUGUGAGUUUGAGGCCAGCCUGGUCUAAAAAGGGAGUCCAGGACAGCCAGGGCGACACAGAGAAACCCUCUCUCAAAAAAAAAAAAAAAAAAAAAAAAAAAGAAAAAGAGGCAUGUCUGUUGGUUUGAAUGAGCAUGGCCCCCACAGACUCAUAUAUUUGAAUGUUUGGUCCCCGGUUGGUGGAGCUAUUUGGGAAGGAUUAGGAGGUGUGGCCUUGUUUGGAAGAGGUGUGUUACUGGGGCUUUGAGGUUUCAGAGGCCCAUACUAUCCUGGUUGUGUGUGUGUCUCUCUGUCUCACGCUUGUGGAGCAGAUAGAUACAAGCUCUCAGCUACAUCUUCAGACUGUUAGUCUCUAAACAUCUAGAGAAAUUUCCACGGGUUUAUUUAUUUUUUUUCUUGAUAGUAAAACCAUCUAAAUAUUAAAAUAUUUUUAAAAAGCAUCAGAAAAUAACAAAAACAUGAAGUGGCCAAAUACAUGCAUAAUCCUAGGAUCAUGAUAGUUAAAAACCAGUCUUGGCUACACAGUGAGUUCCAGGCCAGCCUAGGAUACAGGAGACCCUGUGUUAGUGUGCAGGCGAUUCUGCUGGCCUGCCCUCCGGGACUUAGCAAUGUCUUAUAUCAUCACCUGCCGCCACCAGGUAUGCCAGGUGUCAUCUCUGAUAAAAGGACCCCGCCAACCCAGCUCUCUCCCUGUGCCCGCUGUUUCUCUCUCUGCUCUCUCUGUUUCUGGCACUCUCUCACCCCUUUCUGUCCUUCUCUGAAUCCACCCUUCACUGCUCUCUUCCUAUCUGUCUGCCUUCCCAUCUCAUCUGCCUCUACUUCUCCAGGCCAUCACUCCUCUCCCUCCCCCUAAUAAACCUCCUUAUUCCAGA